ACAGAAGAGCCUCCUGACUUCGGAAGCAGCCAUUGAUCCAACGAAAUACACUUAUUUCUUCUCUCAAAUUAGUUCGUUUAUACGACUACGUCGAUUUUGCAUUUGAUUUAUUUGGAAAAUGGGAAGAAGCCGGAGUCGAACUCCUCCAAGACGAGCAGAGAGAAGGCGCUCCCGCUCAACUUCCCGGGAGCGUGAGCGAAAGCGAAGAGAAAGGGAACGCUCUCGUUCUCGAGAUCGGGAUCGAGAGAGGCGGAGGAGUCGCUCAAGAUCUCCUCCCAGGAGACGUUCAAGAUCUCCCCCCAGACGUCAUCGGUCCUCCUCCCCCUCUGAGGAGCAAAAAGAGGCUACGGAAAAGGCAGCGAAGACGAUUACGAUCUCGGAGGAAGACAUGGAGGGCAAAACGGAAGAAGAAAUCGAGAUGAUGAAACUGAUGGGAUUUGGUUCCUUUGACACCAGCAAGGGGAGGAAAACUGAUGGAUCAGUCAAUGCAUUCGCUAUCAAUGUGAGCAUGAAGAGAAAAUACCGGCAGUACAUGAACAGAAAAGGUGGUUUCAACAGACCUCUGGACUUCAUCGCCUGAAAGCAUCAACAACUCAUUGUGAUGGGAAGCUCAUCCCCUCCAUACUAGUGGAUGAUCUUGUGCUAUUUCUGGUUACUUCAAUCCUAUUUUGUGUUAUUCAACAAUUGUGCAUAUAGUGUUUUCUUUCUUUUUACAAGAUAGUCUCCUACCAAUACUCAGCUUUGUCGGAAUAUUGAUUGGAGUAACAAUGCAUGUCAUUUUGUGUUGCUGAGGUGUGUGUCGAGUUUUAUUUGAAAUAAAGUCGAUUUUAAAAUGUG